ACGGAAAUAUGGCUUAAUUGUUGUGAUCAGCGCUGCGUGCUGCGUGGGAAACUGUAACUCCGCACCCCCUUAGCGAAAAGCCCGAAAUGCUUCUGCGGAGUAACGAAACAUGAACUCAAGAUCUGCACUUUUACAGACAAUAAUACCUUUCUGAUUGAAUGCAUAUGAACUUUAAAAAUUAUAAUUUAACUAACUAUACGAAACAAUUGUUUCGGAAAAUGAGAGAUACGGGACUGUGGCUUUUGGUGUCCUUAUUGAUAUUACUUGGUGGAAACGUCCGGCAGUGUGACUCUGCGAGCUCCGUGACCCUCCCAGAGUCCCUGCUAUUCGUGUCCACGUUGGACGGGAACCUGCACGCAGUCAGCAAGCAGACUGGAGAGAUUAAAUGGACGCUCAAAGAAGAUCCCAUCAUCCAGGUUCCCGUCUACUGGGAUGAAUCUGGCUUCCUGCCAGAUCCCAACGACGGGAGCCUCUAUGUGCUGGAAGGCAGGAAUAAGGAAGGUCUGAUGAAGCUGCCGUUCACCAUCCCAGAGCUGGUGCGGUCAUCUCCUUGUCGGAGCUCAGAUGGAGUCCUCUACACAGGGAAGAAGCAGGACACAUGGUUCGUGGUGGACCCUCAAACGGGGGAGAAGCAGACCAGCCUGACCACGGGGUCUUCUGAAUCGGUCUGCCCCUCUACCCCCCUCCUCUAUAUUGGCCGCACAGAAUACAUGAUCACCAUGUAUGACACCAAGACGCGGGAGUUGCGCUGGAACGCCACAUACAAUGACUACUCCGCCCCCGUGUACGACGACAAGUACAACUACAAAAUGGCUCACUUUGCGUCCAGCGGAGAUGGGCUGAUGGUGACAGUGGACCGGGACUCGGGCGACGUUCUGUGGAUGCAGAACUAUGGCUCGCCUGUGGUGGGAGUGUACCUGUGGAUGCAGGAUAGCCUGCGCCGUGCCCCGCACCUCAACCUGGCUAUGGAGACGCUCCGCUACCUCACAUUCACCUCCCAGCACAUCCACACCAUGAGGUGGAGCUACCAGUUUGUCAAGGAGCAGGCCAGCACGAAGACUCAACUCGUACCUACACUCUAUGUAGGAAAACUCAACUCCCAUUUUUAUGCUUCUACAUCAUUGGUGCAUGAGGGUGUGUCUAUAUUGCCUCGUGGUCUUACGCUGGCCAGGAUUGAGGGGCCAACGACCGAGGAGGUCACUGUAAGAGAGCGGGGCGAGUGCGCCAUCACACCCAGCACGGACGUCAAGUACCCAGCAGGAAGCAGCCAUAGCAUACACAACCAAUGGUUGCUCAUCGGUCACCAUGAGCUGCCUCCCAUGGCCCACACCACCAUGCUCCGGGAUUUCCCAGAGAACCUUCAGCAUUCCGGUGAGGCGGUUAUCCCACCGCAGUCCGGGUCCCGCGCUCCGAACCACCAGCAGCUUCCAGAGAACAAGGAAGGAGAUCCCAUUCUGGUGGACAGGGAUUCCCGGGGAGCCGGCAGCCUGCCACUGAGAGCCAUUCUUCCUGAGAGUGUUAUCCAGGACCCCUUCACUCUAGCAGUGCUUACUCUGCUGGUGGGGGGCUGGCUAGCUUUUGUGCUCACCUAUCCACGGCGCAUGGCCCAACAGGAGAAGAUUCAGCAGCAGCAACUGGAAGAGGUCCUGAAGUCCAGGCUGCAACAGCUUCAGGAUCAGCAGGUCUCACCGUCACCCACCGAGACAGCGGGUCCCCGCAGCAGCAGCGACGGAAGCAGACACAGCUUUUCCAAUGGUUCUGCACAACAAAUCUCUCUGCUGACCCCCGACACCCAAGAGCAAGAUGGACUUGGGGCAGGCGACAUGGAGGUGGGGAAAAUCUCCUUCAGCCCCACAGAGGUGCUGGGACAUGGGGCAGAGGGCACCUUUGUGUUUCGGGGCAGCUUUGACGGCCGGAAGGUGGCAGUGAAGCGCAUCCUGCCCGAAUGCUUCGACUUUGCGGAGCGAGAGGUGCAGCUCCUCCGCGAGUCGGACGAACACUCCAACGUCAUUCGCUACUUCUGUACUGAGCGUGACCGGCAGUUUAUCUACAUUGCCAUCGAGCUCUGCGCAGCGACCGUGCAGCAGUAUGUUGAGGACCCAGAAUGUCCAUAUUUGAAUCUGGACCCUGUGACUCUGCUACAGCAGACUAUGUGUGGCCUGAGCCACUUGCACUCUCUCAACAUUGUGCACCGUGACCUGAAGCCACGGAAUAUCCUGCUGUCCAUGCCGGGGCCACUGGGGAAGGUGCGAGCCUUGAUCUCCGACUUUGGCCUGUGUAAGAAGCUGCCUGCUGGACGGCAGAGCUUCAGCCUACGCUCUGGGAUUCCUGGUACUGAAGGCUGGAUCGCCCCCGAAGUGCUUCUUGACCCACCCAGGGACAACCCGACGAGUGCGGUGGACAUCUUCUCGGCAGGAUGCGUUUUCUACUAUGUCGUCUCCAGGGGGCAGCAUCCGUUUGGAAACUCCAUUCACCGGCAAGCUAACAUUCUAGCUGGCAGUUACAUUCUGGGUCACUUCAUGGAAGACCGUCAUGACGACGUGAUAGCCAGGGACCUGGUCGAGCAGAUGAUCAGCCCGGAGCCACAGUCCCGUCCGUCUGCUUCCUGCAUCCUCAAGCACCCCUUCUUCUGGAGUCGUGAGAAGCAGCUGCAGUUCUUUCAGGACGUCAGUGACCGGCUGGAGAAGGAGCCGGCGGACAGCCCCCUCGUACUGAGGCUGGAGUCGGCGGGCAGGGUGGUGGUCCGCACCAACUGGAGGAUGCAUAUCUCAGUGCCGCUGCAGACAGAUCUCAGGAAGUUCCGCACUUACAAGGGCAACUCAGUUCGAGAUUUACUGAGGGCUAUGAGGAAUAAGAAACACCACUACCACGAGCUGCCCCUGGAAGUCCAGGAGACUCUUGGAGAAGUGCCCGAAGGCUUUGUGCACUACUUCACCUCGCGCUUCCCACGGUUGCUUCUGCACACGCACACCGCCCUGCACUUAUGUGCACAGGAGCGUCUCUUCCACACCUAUUAUCCCACGCCAUCUCCCACGUUCCUCAAGGAGUAACACAACGUCAGGGUGACAGUCAAGUCACUCGAGAUCAUCCCCCACUGCCAAGAGUAUCACGUAUCACACUCCAUCCAGAGGGAAUGUUCCUUUCAGAGUUACACAUCCGUGGAAACUGCAAGUGGUGAAAAUACUCUGGGAACAGCGUAAGCACGAAUGUAAAGGCAGGCUGGCAGGCUGCCAGCGAUGGACAGAGGACGACUGAGGAAUUGCAGUUGCUCCAAAGACUACUCAUUCUUUCCUAUUACGUUCAACUGAUGGAGUGUUUCAUAGGUGUACAUUUUUAGUACUCAAACUCUACCCAUAGAAGAGUUACACAUUGGAAAACCAAAGAAGCCUUUCAGUCUUUGAUGCCAAACAAUGGCUUACUUCCCAUGGAUACGAAGAGAUCCCAAGUGUCAUCGCUGUAGAUGGUAAAUUAGAGGAGCCUCUGUCCAAUCUUUGAUUUAAAUUCCCUUAAAAUGACACAGGGCUUGCCCUGUAAAUUACUUGCACCCUGUUGCUUCCAAAUACUGCACGUUAAAAAAAAGUUUAGUUGUUCGACUAACUUAGAAGCAUCCCACCCCCUGUGGAAAGCAUUGGAUUUUAAAAUUAAGGAACCAUACAGCUAGCUACAGAUGUAGAAUAUGAAGAGCCAAAAGUCCUUAUCUAUACCUCAUCCAUUGGUAUACAUCUUGGACCUUUGCACUCGUAAUAUAAACCGAAAACUGCUGCUCAUAAGGUAUACAUUUCAAUGCUGCUCAAAGAGAGACUGACUGAAAACCAGUCAUCUAACCAGCUUUUAAAUGACCAGUACACAACUUAGUUCCUGGACCUGAUGACUUAGAUUUUUACACCAACAGGAAAAUGAAACCUUUUCCAAAACAUUCUAUCUUAACUCAGAAAAUGAUUUCUAGGAAUUAAAGCAAAGAGCAUAAGGAUUGUAUAAUGUGGCUUUUACCCUUUUAUCUGGAGUAAAUUUAGCCUUUCAACACAAAUCUUGUACAUAGGACUCAACACCACCAGGGACACUUUUGUAUCGUUUUGAAAUAAAUAUAUUUUAAAA